GCUCGCGCGCACGCACUUGCAGGCUUAUUCUGAGGGCUUCAGGCCGCGGGGAAAGGAGAGUGUGGGUGUCGCGAGAGUUGGGGGACUGCAACGAUGGCGAGCCCGGGGAUCGAGGCUGAACGCGAGCCGCUCUUAGGCGACCACACAGCUGGAGGCAGAGAAUGGGACAUUAUAGAAACUCAAGAGCAUCGUAAGAGCAGAUGGAGAUCUAUUAGGAUUCUUUAUCUUACUAUGUUUCUCAGCAGUGUAGGGUUUUCUAUUGUGAUAAUGUCAAUCUGGCCUUAUCUCCAAAAGAUUGAUCAGACAGCCGAUGCACGUUUUUUGGGCUGGGUUAUUGCUUCGUUUAGUCUUGGCCAGAUGGUAGCUUCACCUAUAUUUGGUUUAUGGUCUAAUUAUAGGCCAAGAAAAGAACCUCUUGUCAUCUCCAUCUUUAUUUCGGUGGUAGCCAACUGCCUCUAUGCCUAUGUCCAUGUCCCAGCUUCUCAUAAUAAAUACUACAUGUUGAUCGCUCGUGGAUUGGUGGGAUUUGGAGCAGGAAAUGUAGCAGUUGUCAGAUCAUAUGUUGCUGGGGCUACUUCCCUUCAGGAAAGAACAAGUUCCAUGGCAAAUACAAGCACAUGUCAAGCAUUAGGUUUUAUUCUAGGUCCAGUUUUUCAGACUUGUUUUGCACUCAUUGGAGAAAAGGGUGUGACAUGGGAUACGAUUAAGCUGCAGAUAAACAUGUACACUGCACCGGUUUUACUUGGCGCCUUCCUGGGAGUUUUAAAUAUUAUUCUGAUCCUUGCUGUAUUAAGAGAACAUCGUGUGGAUGACUCGGGACGACCGUGUAACAGUAUUAAUUUUGAAGCAGCAAACACAGAAGAAAUUCAGAUUUCACAAGGAAAUAUUGAUCAAGUCGCUGUUGUGGCCACCAAUGUUCUCUUUUUUGUGGUUCUGUUUAUCUUUGCCCUUUUUGAAACGAUCCUUACUCCAUUAACAAUGGAUAUGUAUGCUUGGACUCAAGAACAGGCUGUGUUAUAUAACGGGAUCAUACUCGCUGGGCUUGGUGUUGAAGCAGUUGUUGUUUUCAUGGGGGUUAAAUUACUUUCCAAAAUGCUCGGGGAGCGUGCUGUUCUCCUGGGAGGACUCCUCGUUGUAUGGGCUGGCUUCUUUAUCUUGCUGCCUUGGGGAAAUCAGUUUCCCAAAAUACAGUGGAAAGAUUUACAUAAUAACUCAAUCCCUAAUGCCACAUUUGGGGAAAUCAUUAUUGGUCUUUGGAAGUUGCCAAGAGAAGAUCAGAACGAACUACCGACUGGAUGCCCAAUCGAGCAAGCCUGGUGCCUCUACACCCCAGUGAUCCACAUGGCUCAGUUCUUCACGUCAGUUGUGUUCAUCGGAAUGGGCUAUCCGGCCUGCAACGUGAUGUCCUACACGCUCUAUUCAAAAAUUCUAGGACCAAAACCUCAGGGUGUGUACAUGGGCUGGUUAACUGCUUCCGGAAGUGGAGCGCGGAUUCUGGGGCCCGUGUUCAUCAGCCACGUGUAUAGUUACCUGGGGCCGCGAUGGGCCUUUGGCCUUGUAUGUGGAAUAGUGCUACUCACCAUCACACUCCUGGGAGUGGUUUACAGGAGACUCAUUGCCUUUUCUGUAAGUUCAGGCUGGCCACCACAACUCAGAGGUGAUCCUCCUACCUCAGCCUCCCAAGUGCUGGGAUUACAGGAAUGUACCACCUCACCCAGCUAGUAAUACACUAUUCUGUACACAUCAAACUGGCAAGUUCUGGUGAAGAUGUACAACAAUAUAUGCACUGCAGGUGGAAGUGUAAGCAUUUGACACUCUACUUACUGCUGCAUCCCACAUAGCUCUCUGCUCCCAGGGAAAGACAGGAUAAAGAAAUAAAGAUGAGAGACAAAGCUGAGGUCAGGUGGAGUGCUCUUUCUCCUGAUGGGAGGAAAGAAACGGAACAGCCGCUGUAGGGGCAUUUAUUUAUACAUUUAACAAAGUAUUGCAGGACACAGUUGCCCAGCAACUAAUGAUGGGAAUGGUCUCAGGCAAUGUAUUUCUCUCAGGACUGAAGUGGCUGAGACAUGUGACCAAUUUCCAGCUUCAGCCGCUCCCUACAAUUUACUGAAGCGCAGGUUUGAAAUUAUACUUAACUUCUAAGAACCAGCAAAUUGACUUGAGUGAAAUCCUAGAGAAACUUGUGUUCCUGAGUACCAGAACAUCUUACAGCCAAAAUUUGGAGACUCAAAGGUCCCUCAAUAGUGUAACUGAUAAAUUACAUUUAUACAUUGGAAAACUACACAGCACUCAGUCCACAUAGGAAAAAAAAAAGGUGUCUUGCAAAGAUAGGAAAGGCACAGAUUACUUAUGUAUUAGAACAAAUGACUCUAUAAAGAAAAUAAAAAAUUGUUAAAGUAAUAUAAUUCUAAUAUAGGACAUAGUCCUGAUAGUGUAAACAUGGGCUAUUAGCACUGUCUCUCUCUCUCUUUUGAAGAAAGCAAAGAAAAACCCCAAAUUACAGGAAACAUCCUAUUACGAGGAAGAGGGAGGGAAGGAGAAAAAGGAACGUAGUCACGUAUGGUAUAUACUAUAAAACAAACCAGCAGACAUAAACGAACUGUAAAGACAAACAGUAAAAUAUACCAGAAAUAAUAAUGACAAAUGUAAACAAAUGAGGGUACAGCAGUUACUAAACUGCAUUAACAGCAUUCAGCUAUGUAUUCUGCCUAAGAGAAAUACCAGAAAAAGGCUCAUAGAGAGGCAAAGAACUGUGUAAUACAUACCUACUUAUUAAAGCAAAAACGUGUUUUCAACCGUCAGAAUUUUCCUAGGGAUUUUUUUUUUAAAGGUUAACUCUUCUGAUACUGCCUUUACCUAAUUUUCCUCCCCAAAGUUGGAUUACCAAUGAAUUUAAAUGUUAAUUCUAAAAUAUUCCCGUAUUACUUUGUUAUAAUCAUUCAUGCUCUAAUUAACAACACCUGAGAAUUUCCUACCUGCUUCUGAGGAGGCUAUUAUUUUUUUAACCAGUUGUUCUAAUGUUUCCAUUUCCUCAACUUCAGUGAGGUUGAACUUAUUUCCAUUUUUGUUGAUCAUACGGAUUUCUUCCUUUAUGAACAAUCCAUUCCAUCUUUUUGUCCAUUUUUCUACUGAGCUGAUUGUUACUAUUUUUUUAUUUUUUUGAGGCAGGUUC